CCAGAUAAACGCCAGGGACGGUGCUGGUCAGACCCCAUUACACCUGGCGUGUGAGCGGGGGGAAGUGGCGUGUGUCAGAGAGCUGCUGGAGGAGUGCCAGGCUCGCACCGACAUCAAAGACAAGAACGGGGAGACGCCAAUGCAUUGUGCCGCCAAGCAGGACUCUGCUACUAUUAUACAGGCGCUGUGCAGUAGGAUGUGUGCGGGGGUGAAUGAGCUGAACGGGGCGGGGGAGACGCCCCUCCAUGUUUCUUGUCGCCUUGGGAGGGUAGAGGCCGUGAACGCACUCCUGGGGGGAGGAGCCCGCUGUGACAUCAUCGGGAGCAGUGGCUACCCAAUCCACGCCGCCAUGAAGUACAGUGAGAAGAGUUGUGCUGAGGCUGUCCUGGAUGCAGACCCAGGUCAGCUACAGGUAGAAGAUGCCGUCUAUGGAGGAACCCCCCUACACUGGUGCAAGACUGCAGAGAUGUGUCGUACGCUGCUGGAACGAGGUUGCUUGGUGAACUACCUCAGUAAGACAGAGAGUGCACUGCACGUCCUGACCAAGAGGGGGCUCUUCGAUGCUUCCAUGGUGCUGCUCACACACGGGGGGGAACCCAACCUCAAGGGUCAGGAUGGGAACACAGCCCUGCAUCUGGCUAUGAAGAUGGACCACAUGGAACUGAUCAAGGCUCUGAUUGUGUUUGGAGCCGACGUGGAGAUACACAAUGACCUGGGAGAGACUCCCGGAUUGAUAGCAGCACGCACUAGUAAAGGCUCCAACAGAAAGGUGCUACUGGACAUGCUGUGUAGUGUAGGGGUACAGCGGUGCGCCCCACCCUCCUCCCCCCUCAACUCCCAUCCUCCCCCCAAGAAGGCUGCUUCGUCACCAGGCAUAGGGUUCGAGGACAUCAUGCACGUUGCGGCGGCGGUGGGUGCGAUGAGUCGCGGCCGGGAGGAAGUGGACGGGUUCAAAACAGGAAGCAGGAAGAUAGACAGACUGCUGUGUCUGGAUGGAGGGGGCAUUAAAGGCUUGGUUCUGAUCCAGUUGUUAAUCUCCCUGGAGAAAGAGGCAGGCAGGCCCAUCAAGGAACUCUUUGACUGGGUUUCUGGGACCAGCACAGGGGGCAUACUGGCCCUGGCUAUCGUCCAUGGUAAGGAUAUGGAGUAUCUGCGAUGCCUCUACUUCCGUAUGAAGGAGCAGGUGUUCAAAGGGUCGCGACCCUACGAGUCGGCCCCUCUGGAGGACUUCCUGAAGAAAGAGUUCGGCGAAAACACCAUGAUGACAGACGUACGGCACCCCAGGGUGAUGGUAACCAGUGUGCUGGCAGACAGACAUCCAGGAGAGCUCCAUCUCUUUAGGAACUAUGACCCCCCUUCCCUGCCCAGAGAACGCCCCUACGCUGGCACAGCCACCUUCCUUCCACUCACCAUACCACAAGAGCAGGUCGUGUGGAGAGCCGCCCGUUCCAGUGGCGCCGCCCCCACCUACUUCCGACCAAUGGGGCGGUUUCUGGACGGAGGGUUGCUGGCCAAUAACCCGACACUGGAUGCCAUGACUGAGAUCCACCAAUACAACAAAUCCCUGAAAGCAGAGGGGCGUGGCCUAGAGGUGCAGCGUCUUGGUGUGGUGGUUUCUUUAGGGACAGGUAAGCCUCCCCAGGUAGUGGUGAACUGUCUAGGCGUGUUCAGACCCUCCAACCCUCUGGAACUGGCCAAGAGCUGUAGAGGCGCCAAGGAGCUGGGCAAGAUGCUGGUGGACUGC